AGGACACCAUGUCGGUCGAAGCAUUAUCCGGCAAAGUUUUUAUGAUAAUAACUGGUGCGAGUCGCGGUAUCGGUCGCCAAAUCGCGAUAACACUUGGUUCGAUGCUGGAGAAAGAUUCGCGCGUGCUUUUAUUAGCGAGGAAUAAGGAUGCGUUGCAGGAAGUUGCAAAAAGUAUACCGUCCAAAGUGAAAGUCUGUACCAUUAGUGCGGACUUAAGUAAAUCAACUGAUACCAAAUUAAAAGAAUUCAUGUCGGAAUCAUUGAGGGGAACUACUUUCAACGCGUUUGAUCGAGUGAUUCUGGUACAUAAUGUUGGUUCCCCGGGCGAUUUCUUUCUAGCAAUAAACGAUUUAUUGGACUUGAAAAUCUGGAGAGAAUUCUACGAUUUAAACUUUUUUGUACCUACCGUAUUAAACGCGGUGGUCAUGAAUAUGUUUGCUAGUAAAACUAUUAAAAAGACGGUUAUCAAUAUUACAUCCAUGUUUGCAGUUCAACCGUGCACUGGCGCUGGCCAAUACGCUUCCGUGAAAGCAGCACGAGAAAUGUACUUUAAGGUAUUUGCUCUGGAAAACCCUGAUGUUAACGAUCACAUACAGGAGGUCUUAGAUAAAUGGAAUCAGAUAGACGAUGAAAUUUGGGCGAAAGUUAUCGUCUUCGAGAGGAAUAGACGGGUCGCGAAAGCGUAUGCCAGAGCGCCUGUCCUCACGAUAAAUGGCUCGAACGACGGAUUUGACGGAUUCAGGAUAGGGCUUUGCGGAUUCGACAAUCCCAUGCGAGACCCGAAAACGGAGGAGGCCAAGCGUCACAUAAAUCAGGGAGUGAAAAUAAAGAUGGACGAGCAGGGGAACAUUCUCAUCAAGAGAUUAUGUAAAAAUAACGUGCAUGUGAAAUCGACGAAUCAGGAGGACAACGCGAUCGGUCCGGAGAUCAUACGUAAUUCGCAGGGUGCGCUCGAGCACGAGAAACCCGGAAAGCUGUUCGACAUGAAUAAAUUCCAAACGAAUCUGUCGCGCGAGACGCGGCGGGCCUACCCGGACAGACGGCGAUUGGAGAUGCAGUGCCUGAGCGCUAUCAUAUUCGUGAGAACGGAAGCCGACUUGCUUCAGUGCCCCGUAUGGGUGCUCAUCGUCAACGUCGUAGGAUUGGACAUGCUCAAGUCGAAGCUCCCACCAGUUUUAGCACUACAGAGGCCGGUGGAUAUAAAGAAUAGACCUAGAAUACCAAUACCCGACGAGGAUCCCUACAGCGUGGCUGGCGUGUCGUCGUCCGUGGGUCCCAGCGAAAUAAUGUCGGCGGACAGGGACUCGCGGGAGCAGAUCUACAUGCAGUCGACGAGUUACCAUCAUCGGCGCGCGGAGAGGCCGCCGAAAUUGCCGCCUCGAGAAAAUCUCUACGGCCACGGUAUCCCUAAGCCUGAUUACGACGAUAUAGAGGACGACUACGGCAGGGCGAUGAAGCACCCCAUGAUGGAGGAGAAGCGAAGUAAACACGACGAUAGGAAAAAAUAUGACGAUCCAUAUUAUUGCGGUUUACGGGCACGUGUGCCGAAUUUUGUUAAAAUGGCGAGAAAUGGUCACGGCAAGAUGGGUCCUCUUCCGCCUCGAGGACACCCCAGGGCACAGCCGGCGCCGUCUUACGUGGGCGCCGCUUACGCUAGUAGUCAAUCCUCCCAGAUAUACGGGCAUCUACCGGCCCAUCGACCGCCCAUUAUGUAUCACGCCAGAAGCUUCGAAAGCGGGCUUGAUUCGGACAACAGGAAUGAGUCGCCGUAUAAUCACAUAUACGGAAGGUUACCGAUCCCGACGAGAGGCGUAAUACCUCCGACCCCGCGUGCUAUGUAUAUUGGAGAGUGGGAUUAG